GCUCUCGAUUUGUUGCCAUUUCUGUGAUUUUAAAACGUCUGCUUGAUUUCUCAUUUCGUAUAGUUAAAUUUUGAUUAUUUUACAGUUUUAAUCGAAUUCGAAUUAGUUAUGGAAGAUCGUGAUGCUCUGGAAGAGGAAACUUACGAUGCAUACGAUGGAAGGGAUGCAAUCAUAUUUUUGAUUGACGCGUCAGUUCCUAUGUUCAAAAGACCACCUGUUGAUGACAUAGAUGCUGCACAAACUGAAAACGAUUGUCCCUUCGUUUUAGCCAUAAAGUGUGCUUACAAUACUUUGUGCAGCAAAAUUUUUACAGAUCCAAAUGAUUCUGUUGCUAUUGUACUGUUUGGGACCAAGAAAACUGCUCCCAACGACAAAUAUGGGGUUUAUACAAACACGUUUCUCCUUCAGGACUUGAAGAAUCCAGACUGUGAGCCUAUCACACAGCUGGAUGACAUGCUCAAUAAGGACGGUGGAAUGGAUGAGUAUAUGUAUGCAGAAAGCAAUCCUCAAUCCAUAUCCUUGGCUGAUUCUCUAUGGCUGUGCAGUUCAAUAUUUUCAAAGCAUAAAUCAAAGACAGAUAAAAAGCAGAUUUUUCUGUUUACCAAUAAUGAUGAACCGCAUUCUAAAUUUUCGGCCAAACAAAAGCAAGCAGAACGACGAAUUGGAGACCUACAAGACGGCGGGGUUUCAAUAUUCCUUUUUCCUAUAGGAGAAGAGUUUAACACAACUAAAGUUUAUCAGGUAGGUAUACUCUUUCUCUUUUAUCUGAUCGUUACUGUUACCAUGUUAAAUCAUGUGUUCAUUGCAAUGUCACAUCAGGAAUUGCUCGAAUCAAAUGACAAAGGCGGCAUUCUUCCAGGUAGCAUGACAACGGACGAACUACUUUUGAAAAUUUGCCGCAAAUGUCAGAAGAAAAGAACUUUUGCAAGUUUGGUCUUCAAUCUAGAUUCGAACACAAAAUUCGGAGUAAGGUUAUACAACUUAAUCAGACCUGCCGCACAACCCAAACGAGUGCCAUUGGAUAAGAGAACAAACGAGCCAGUCAAAUCAGUCACAACUAAAUUCAACGCUGAAACGGCUGAGACUCUUUUACCAAGUGAGCUCAUCAAGUACACAACCGUGUGUGACGAGAAAAUUCGUCUAGACAAAAAUGAUUUAGCAAGCUUGAAAUCGAAAUUUCCGUCUGGGUUUACACUUUUGGGAUUUAAACCUAUCGGGAAACUUAAACUGCAUUUGCAUCUUAGUCCUGCUAGUUUCAUCUAUCCUGACGAAGAUCUAGUCAAAGGAAGUCGAAUGAUUUUCGGAGCCCUCAUGCAUCGUUGCAAAGCAAGGGGAUUUGCUCCUUUGUGCGUUUUGAAAAUGACAGCAGCGAUGAAACCUCGUAUAGUUGCUUUAUUACCACAUGAAGAGCACGACCCAAAUCAAGCUCCUUUAUUUGGUUUUCAUGUGAUAAUAUUACCUUUCCGAAACGAUGUCCGCAAAUUUAAUUACAAUGAAUUGGUGGAAUCUACAACCGUUCUGAACGAUGAACGUAAAUUUGUUCAACAAAUUUGGAAAGCUGAUCCCAACCAGAUUGAUGCGGCGAAGGCAGUUGUAAAAAAGUUGACCAGUAAAGUUGGAUAUACUCCUUCUGAUUAUUUGGAUCCUGCGCUGCGUACUAAAUGGAAUACCUUGGAAGGGAUGGCCUUAGGUCGUGAAAACAUCGAGAGCGUCGAAGAUUUAGUUAUGCCCGAUAUUGACGCUAUUGACAAUAGACUUGGCCAACGAUCCACGACUUUCAACGAUCUGGUUUUUCCUCUCGGAUACCAGUCUCAAUAUGUACCCUCAGCUUCAAAGGCAAAAGAUCCCAAAAAUGAAGCUGCCGUUGAAGAGGCAGCGAAAAACGGAUGGGUGGAUAAAAUGACUGUUGAUGUUCUUAAAGGCUAUCUUUCAAAUCAAGGAAUAAAGGGCGUCGCAAAAAUGAAAAAAGCGGAGUGUGUCGAAAAGAUUAAGUUACACUUAAAUCUAAAAUGAUUCAAAUUCCUUUUUAUGAAGAUACUCUGUAAUUAUUGGUGAAUUACACAGGCAUGGCGAUGUAGAAAUUAA